AUGCACUCCUGCCCUACCCUGGCGUUCUGCAAUCCUGGCCUACCCCUGCGGUCUGCCCUCCUGGCCUACCCUGGCGUUCUGCACUCCUGGCCUACCCUUGCGGUCUGCCCUCCUGCCCUACCCCGGCGGUCUGCCCUCCUGCCCUACCCUGGCGUUCUGCACUCCUGCCCUACCUUGGCGUUCUGCACUCCUGGCCUACCCCGGCGGUCUGCCCUCCUGGCCUACCCUGGCGGUCUGCCCUCCUGCCCUACCCUGGCGUUCAGCACUCCUGCCCUACCCCGGCGGUCUGCCCUCCUGCCCUACCCUGGCGUUCAGCACUCCUGGCCUACCCCGGCGGUCUGCCCUCCUGGCCUACCCUGGCGGUCUGCCCUCCUGCCCUACCCUGGCGUUCAGCACUCCUGCCCUACCCUGGCGGUCUGCCCUCCUGACCUACCCUUGGCGUUCAGCACUCCUGCCCUACCCCGGCGGUCUGCCCUCCUGCCCUACCCUGGCGUUCAGCACUCCUGCCCUACCCCCGGCGGUCUGCCCUCCUGCCCUACCCUGGCGUUCAGCGUUCCCAGCACUCCUGCCUGCCCUACCCCGGCGUUCAGCACUCCUGCCCUACCCUGGCGUUCAGCACUCCUGCCCUACCCUGGCGGUUUGCACUCCUGCCCUACCCUGGCGUUCAGCACUCCUGCCCUACCCUGGCGGUUUGCACUCCUGCCCUACCCUGGCGUUCAGCUCUCCUGCCCUACCCUGGCGGUUUGCACUCCUGCCCUACCCUGGCGUUCAGCACUCCUGCCCUACCCCGGUGUUCAGCACUCCUGCCCUACCCUGACGUUCCGCUCUCCUGCCCUACCCUGGCGGUUUGCACUCCUGCACUACCCUGGCGUUCAGCACUCCUGCCCUACCCUGGCGGUCUGCCCUCCUGCCCUACCCAGGCGUUCUGCUCUCCUGCCCAAUUACCGCCGUCUGCACUCCUGCCCUACCACGACAUAG